AUGGCGGAGGCCCGCCCUGCUCCCGCGCGGGUCCGCGUCACCGGCGUCGUCAAGAAGAGCGAGCCGAACACGCAGGCCUGGGCUCAGCAGGCCGAGGCGUCGCCGCCGAAAGCCAAGGCAGGGCGCGUGCUCAGCGCGAGCAGCAGCGGCGAGCGCGGGAACGAGGUGCGAGUCGGCCAGGUGCUGGGAGCCUCGCCGACGCGGUCUGCCAAGGUCUUGGAAACCGCUACCAGGGAGCCCAGCCCCGUCGCACAGCCGGAGGCCUCGGAAGCGCGGAAGAGGCCCAUCUCAGCGCACCGGCCGGUGAUCGUCCGCUCGAGGUCCAAGUCCAAGGAACUCCAGGAGGAGGCCAGAACCUCGGCGGCUCCCGCGGUCCGCGCGGCGCCGGUCACCGCCCAGGCGGACACCAGCGGAGCCCAAGCGGCACGGGCCGAGCUCCUGUCGCUACGAGCCGAGAACGCACGGCUCCGCUCUGAGACCCUCGAG